AUGGUGAUGACGAGAUCACGCGCGGAAGCAGACACAGGUUCCCGAACUCCUGUAGACCAGUCGGGAUACCAGGAUGAACGUUGGAGGAGAAUAAAGGUUCACCAGGACGAAGAUCGGUGGAUCCAGCAAAUUAAAAAGGUUCUAAAAGGAGAUGUGGCAGACCUUCCACGGACACAGGUGAAGAGGAUUGCGAAGGUCUCUGAUCAGCUUGUGUUGGAUUCGCGAGAAGCCCGCAACAAACAGUCAGAACUCAGACUGGUGGUCCCAGAGAUUUUGCGUGCAGACAUGUUACACUACUCACAUGAAGACGUUUCGGGUGGCCACCAAGGAAUCAACAGGACAUUCGAGUGUUUACGUUCAGAGUUGUACUGGAUCGGGAUGUACGCCGACGUCCAGAAGUUCGUGAGAGAGUGCGUAGAUUGCGCGUCAGCCAAGGGGCGACCACCGGUCCGUGGCCCGUCACCUGGCAAUAUGGAACCGAGAUAUCCGUUCGAGGUGGUCUCUAUGGAUUUCGUCACUGAGCUGCCUGCGUCCGAUCGUGGAAAUACAUAUUUGUUGCUGUUCCAAGAUCAAUUCUCAGGAUUCGUCAUGUGCAAGCCCAUGCGGAAUACCGAAGCCAAAGAUGUCGCUGAGGCAUACGAGGAGUGCGUAUUCCGACGAUUUGGGGCAAGUUCUAUGAUCAGCCAUGACCAGGAUCCCCGCUUCAUGAGUAAGAUGUUCGCUAGAUUCAGAGACCUCCUGAAAAGUAAGCGACGUGCGACGUUAGGAUACCGGCCUCAGGCUAACGGACAGCAGGAACGCUCGGUCCAAACUGUAAUGCGAAGUGUCAGAGCGUAUGUCGCUGAAGUUGACCAGAGUGACUGGGAUGAGCAUACAGAAAGUCUCAUGUUCGCCUUGAACACCUCGUUCGACGCUGCAAGAUUGGACACCCCGUUUUACUUAGUCCAUGGCUGGGAUGCUUAG